ACAGCGAGCACCCACCCGCAGCCCGGGGCCACGCGGCCGGGCACCAGGCCUUCGAUGGCGGCUUCGCCCGCCAUCGACCUGCGAGAGCCGCUCGCGGCUCUGUUCAAGCGCGCGGGAGUCGCCGACAUCCUCUACCGCAGGUAUGAGGGGCGGCUCGCGGAGCUGGGCGUUGGCGAUGCCGGCGACCUCCUCGAGGAGGUCGCUGAGAAGGGCAUCGGCUCGCUCGACAUCCACGACCGCCAGGCGGAGAAGCUCCGCCGAGCUCUUCUCGGCCCGCGGGGCUGGGGGGACGCAGCUGCGGCCGCUGAAGGUGGGUCCGGAGGUGGGACCGAGGGAUCCAGUUUGGACCCCUUGGAGCCCGCGCUGCCGGAGAGCGGCGAUGGGACGAUUGCCGCCGAGGGGGGGGAGGAGGAGCGGCCCAACCAAGUGGAGGAGGCGCUCAGGAUUCUUCUCUUUCCACUGAACGUCGGGCAGUGGCUCGGCGUCGUCGAGCCGUGCUGCCUCUGCGGGCGGCCCGGGUCGGCGGGCGAGUUGUGGCGGGCGGGCGCGUGGCGGUGGGCUAACUCGACAGGCCGCUGCGCGGCGCCCUAUCUCGCCACCACUGACGAUCGGUGGGGGGUGCCUGGCCUGCGCCAGGCAUACGUCGCGCAUGGCAUGUGCGGCGGGCUCUGCCAAGGAUGGGGCUGCUGCGAGGCGCGGGGCGUGGCGCAGCCGCAGGAUGGGAGCGGCGAGGCGCGAGGCGAGGGCGAGGGCGAGGGCGAGCUAAGCUCGGACGGCGACUCGGACCGGUCUGCGGGAGACCCUGUGUGGGGCUCGGCGGCGCUGGAGGACGAGUGGCGCGCCGCGUCUCUCGCGAGGCAGGCGGUAGGCGACGCGGCGUACGCCGCGGCGCAUGCUGCUGGCGCUUCGCGGGCUGAGGCGUGCGACGCCGCCGUGAGGGCGGUGAGGUUGGACGAGGAUUGGGAGGGGGAGGAGCGGCCGGAGGAGUACGCCGGCCUCUUUGACGACCCGUAAGGGGCCGUCGCCUGCUGUGCCAUUUGUAGUGCCAGUCCGAGCCAGUCUGCUGUGAGAGGGGCUUCUAUAGUAAAAUUCUCCCUCGUGUGCU